GGAAGUAUGUUGCUGCUGACUUAACAGACUUGGGGAGUCAACAUAGGCAGCUCGUCGAAGUUUUCUGCAACAUUUUUUCCCCACUAAAGGCGCAAUUUGCUUUCACAAAAGAAGACGGUAGGACGUGGUUCUCUUUUGAGAUAAACGCAAAGUGUAUUUUACAGUUGGUGUCUCAGAUUUGACUGUUCGUCACUGUGAUAGACAUCAGGGACAGGCCACACUGCACACUUUGACCUGCUAAACCGUUUUCCAGCCACCAUGUCCAAACUAACAGCUAGCAUGCCCCCUCCAUAGUGUCUUUCUUCAUCUCCAUUCCAUUUCUUGUCCACCCCUGAUGCAGUAACGUCUGGUAGCAACACUAGUGGCCGACCCCUUCAAGCGUGAUGAGCAGCUUGCACCGGCAGCAUCAUGGCAGCACAGGCUCAGAACGAGAUCUUCACUCGGCUGCUUCCUCUGUUAGCCUCCCCUCAGUUAAAAAGACUCCCAAGAAACGUCGCCUUUCCCUCCAUUCACUCUUUGGUCGGCGACGACGCCCUGACCAUGAUUGCAAGCACAAGUCCAAGACCCUGCAUACUGCAGCUGGAGUGGAUGGCAUUGUCAGUACGGAAAGUGUCCAGUCAGAAACUUUCCAGGAUAAAACAUCUGCCCACUCUGCACAGGGCGUAGCAUCGACUUCGUCAGAAUCGGAAUCUUCAUCAGAGCUGCUUGAGUGUCCACUGUGCCUACUGCGUCACACACGAGACCGUUUCCCAGACAUCAUGACCUGUCACCACCGCUCAUGCAUAGACUGCUUGCGGCAAUAUCUGCGUAUUGAGAUUUCAGAGUCCCGCAUCAAUAUCAGCUGCCCAGAAUGUUCUGAGCGCUUUAAUCCCCACGAUAUCCAGAUGAUUCUGGGGGACCGAGCUCUCAUGGAGAAGUAUGAAGAGUUCAUGCUGAGAAGGUGGCUGGUUGCAGAACCUGACUGCCGCUGGUGCCCUGCCCCAGACUGUGGCUAUGCAGUCAUUGCAUUUGGUUGCGCCAGCUGCCCAAAGAUUACAUGUGGACGUGAUGGCUGUGGAACAGAGUUUUGCUACCACUGUAAACAGCUGUGGCAUCCCAACCAGACAUGUGACACUGCGCGCCAGCAAAGGGCCCAAACCUUCCGGCUCAGGAGUUUCAGGUCAUCUUCCCUUAGUUACAGCCAAGAAAGUGGAGCUGCAGGUGAUGACAUCAAGCCUUGUCCAAGGUGCUCUGCCUACAUCAUUAAGAUGAACGAUGGCAGCUGUAAUCACAUGACAUGUGCUGUUUGUGGCUGUGAGUUUUGUUGGCUCUGCAUGAAAGAGAUCUCUGACCUGCACUACCUAAGUCCUUCAGGCUGCACCUUCUGGGGCAAGAAACCCUGGAGCAGAAAGAAGAAAAUUCUCUGGCAGCUGGGCACAUUAGUUGGUGCACCCGUAGGCAUUGCUCUGAUUGCCGGCAUUGCUAUCCCUGCAAUGAUCAUUGGCAUCCCUGUCUAUGUAGGCAGAAAGAUCCAUAAUCGCUAUGAGGGAAAAGACAUUUCUAAACACAAGCGGAACUUGAUAAUAACUGGUGGCGUGACAUUGUCUGUGAUUGUGUCACCUGUGGUUGCAGUGGUCACUGUGGGCAUUGGUGUUCCCAUCAUGCUGGCGUAUGUUUACGGGGUUGUUCCAAUCUCACUGUGCCGCAGUGGUGGCUGUGGAGUGUCUGCAGGCAAUGGCAAAGGGGUGCGAAUCGAGUUUGAUGAUGAAAAUGAUAACAUCGGUAGUGGAGCAGCAGCUACAGACACAACGUCUGUAGCAGAAACACGGCUCAACAAUCCCAGCCUCGGAGAUGGAGCGAGUGUGGGUGGCCUGACAGGCCUGAGCCUCAGUGUCAGUGGUAGCCACAUGGAGCGCUGUGGAAUGGGUUCCACUCAGCGCGACAACUUGAGUGACAACGCCAGUACCACAGCCCUCGCUGGGACCAGCAUCACUGGCAGCCUGUCUGGAAGCUGCUAUAACAGGAUGGAGGUGCAGGCUGACGUCCAGAAGGAGCGGUGCAGUCUGAGUGGAGAGUCGGCAACUGUCAGCCUGGGAACAAUCAGCGACAAUGCCAGUACAAAAGCCAUGGCAGGAUCCAUCCUCAAUGCUUACAUGCCGUUGGAAAGAGACAACAGUCUGGAAGUGCAGGCAGAUGUAGAGUCCAAACAGAAGGUGAGGCACGGCAGCGCCAGUAGCAGCCUGGAUGAAGCCAGUUGUAGCAGUGCUGGCCUGAAAGGAGCGAGCGGUGGCAUGUGCUUGUGCUCCUCCACCUGCUGCUAUGCACACCACGACAGCCAGUGCUGCCCGUCUUCUCCGUGGUCAAAGGAGCAACCGUCUAGCUCAUCCUCCUCAGGGGGCAAGAAGAGCAAAGGAAAGCUCUGGAAAAAGGCCGGCGGUAGCAGCAGUAAAGAUGAAAUGAAAAUUCAUGAGAUGCGAGAAGACAUUGAUGCUCAGCUCCUGGACCAGCGUAGCACCAACUCCUCAGAGUUUGAUUCACCAUCCUUAAGCGGCAGCCUGCCCUCAGUGGCCGACUCGCACUGUAGCCACUUCUCGUCAGAGCUCAGCUCCUCGGAUCCUGAAACCUUAAAACCAUCUCCACCCCUUCCGAUUAGCCCUUACCCUCAUACUAGCACUGCCUUUAAUGACGUCUCUGUCACACCGAUGCCUGAGGUGGAGGACGAGCGCUUGCAGCAUUACACAACUCAGAGUAACCGUACAGCCUUCACCCACCACACACUGUCCUCGUCUCCUCCUGCUUUUCCAGAAGAGGGCAGUGGAGGGACAUUUCUGCACAUCACCGAGGAGAGCGGAGACGAUGUCGAAGACGAGAACCUAAAAGAAGAGGCUAACAACACUGCACUCCAGCCUGUGAGCCCAGCUAGAAAGCACUGCAUACAGACCGAUAUCUAAACAAACUGUCUUCAUAUCUCUGGUAUCGGUUGCGUCACUGCUGCUAGCGCAGUUGCCUUUACAUCUAACUUCACUUCGAGUGGAGCAUGUAUUUUGGAAAAAUGUUGAUUAGUGUUAAAGCUAGUAUGAUUUCUAGUUCUAGUAAUCCUAGUUAUGAACUUUAUCUUCUGAGGAGUCAGACGUGUAUGAGUGUUCCAGUGUACAACGUAAGAAGGACAAAGUGCAAGUUGGAGCGAGAUU